AUGCCAUAUCUCGGACUUAGAGGGACGAAGCUCUUGAUAGCUAUAUCCGUCACUGCCGGUGUGGGAUUCUGUUUAUUCGGUAUAGAUAAUGCUGCUUUGGGAGGUGUGAUCGCAUCUGGGCCAUUCGAAAGGAAAUAUAAUCUAAGUCCAACAGGACAAGGAGCUAUAACAGGAGCAUAUGAAAUUGGAUGUUUUUUCGGCGCAUUAAUAUUUUCUUUCAUUGGGGAAAAUUUCGCAAGACGUAUAAUCCUAUUGGUAUCCGUUGUACCUUUAAUGAUAGGAACGAUACUGCAGAUCUCAUCUUUUUCAACAGCUCAAUUAGCAGUGGGAAGAGUUAUAGCUGGUUUGGGAAUGGGCGCUAUAACUACUACUUUACCUAUUUGGCAAAAUGAAACUUCACCCGCUCAUUUAAGAGGUACUUUGAUAUGUGCAAGUUUGAGUAUGCUCAUUGUAGGUCAACUUAUAGCUUAUUGGGCCGCAUAUGGAUUAUUGGAUAAAUACGAUACGGAUUUCACAUGGAGAGUGAUGUUCAGUCUUCAAGGAAUGGCCGGCGUGAUAAUGGCUGGAUUACUUUUCGUGAUGCCUGAAUCUCCUAGAUGGUUAUUGGCCCACGACCAACCUGAUGCCGCUCGAUAUGUCCUAUCGUGUCUAGGGGAUCUUCCAGACGACAGCCACGAAGUCUCUUCUCAACUAAACGAGAUUUCAAAAGCAAUAGAAUUAGAAAGGGAAAGUGCAAAAGGAUGGAGCGACUUGUUUAAGAGAAGUCAUGAUGAUCAAGGAGAAAAAAGAAGGAUGUUAACAGCUGUCGGUAUUCAAGUCGCUCAAGCAUUCUCGGGAUCUACUAUCAUCUCAUACUACGUUACCACUAUCUUCCAAGACGCCAUUGGGUUGAAUUCUCAUACCGCUUCUCUCCUUUCUGGUUAUCUCCAAGUCUUCUUCCUCGUUGCUAGUUUUGGAACAUGGUGGUUGAUCGAGCAUGCCGGUCGAAGGAAUCUUUUCCUGAUUACAGCUUUCGGAAUGGCUGUCGUGAUGUUCGUCAUGGGUGGACUGAUCAAGAUAGACACUAAAGGAGCUGGUAUCGGUGCUGCUGUUAUGGUAUUCGCUUAUCAAGCGCUAUUCACUUGGGGAUGGAUGGCGGGCGUGUGGGUUUACUCGUCAGAGAUUUGUCCUUUGAGUUGGCGAUCAAAGGGUAUGGGUCUCGCUGUCGCUUUACAAUGGUUAUUCGAUUUCGUCCUUUUAAUGGUCACUCCUAUCGGUAUAGCAAAUAUCGGAUAUGGAAUGUUCAUGUUAUUCGGUGCAUUCAAUCUAUGUUUCAUUCCAUUUGUCUAUCUUUAUUGUCCAGAGACCGCUGGAGUACCACUUGAAUCAAUCGACGCAUUCUAUCUACCUGGACUUGAUCCAGUCAAAGAAUCGAAUCGGAUAAGAAAAGCAUUGAAUUUCAAUCAAGGACGUAUCAGUGAUACUGAUAAAGAAGGAAAUACGACUUUGACAAAUGUCAUCAAAAAUCAAAAAACCGUACUUGACAAUAGAGUUGAAAAAACUCAAGUUGAACAAGCUCGGAAUUAA